GGCGGCGUCCAGGAACCGGAUCCGCGGGCUCGGCAGAGCCGCCGGCAGCCAUGGACCUGCGAGCGGAGCUGCUCAAGUCCAUCUGGUACGCCUUCACCGCCCUGGACGUGGAGAAGAGCGGCAAGGUCUCCAAAUCCCAGCUCAAAGUGCUGUCUCACAACCUGUACACAGUGCUGUGCAUCCCUCACGAUCCCGUGGCACUGGAAGAGCAUUUCCGUGAUGACGAUGAUGGGCCAGUGUCCAGCCAGGGCUACAUGCCAUACCUGAACAAGUACAUCCUGGAUAAGGUGGAGGAAGGUGCUUUUGUCAAAGAAAACUUCGAUGAGCUCUGCUGGACCCUCACAGCAAAGAAGAACUACAAACCUGACCGGAAUGGGAAUAGCGUUGUGUCCCACCAAGAUGCUUUCAAGCUCUGGUGUCUCUUCAACUUUCUGUCUGAAGACAAAUACCCUCUUGUCAUGGUGCCAGAUGAGGUGGAGUACCUGCUGAAGAAGAUCUGUACGGCCAUGAACGUGGAGCUGAACUCCUGUGAGCUGGAUGAAUACCUGUCCCAGGAGCCGCAGGGGCAAGAGGGGCUGACGGUCUGGCAGUUCCUAGACAUGGUGAACUCAGGGAGGUUCCUGCGAGGCAUCGAGCAGGAGGCCAUCAGCAUGGCCGUGGAGGAGGUGUACCAGGAGGUCAUCGAGGAUGUGCUCAAACAGGGAUACCUCUGGAAGAGGGGCCAGCUGAGGAGGAACUGGUCAGAGCGGUGGUUCAUGCUGAAGCCCAGUGUCCUGUCCUACUACAUGAGCGAGGAACGGAAGGAGAAAAAGGGGAGCAUUGCAUUGGACAAGCACUGCUGUGUGGAGGUGCUGCCUGACCGGGAUGGGAAGAGGUGCAUGUUCUGCGUGAAGACCUCCUCCCGCACCUACGAGAUGAGCGCCUCCGACACCCGGCAGCGCCAGGAGUGGACACUCGCCAUCCAGACGGCUAUCCGGCUGCAGGCUGAGGGAAAGAAAUCCCUGCACAAGGACCUGAAGCAGAAGCGACGGGAGCAGCGGGACCAGCGGGACCAGCGGAAGGCAGCCAAGGAGGAGGAGACACAGCGGCUCAAGCAGCUGCAGGAGGAGAAGGAGAGGAAGCUACAGGAGCUGGAACUGCUCAAGGAGGCCCAGCGGCAGGCAGAGAUCCUGCUGCAGGAGGAGGAGCAGCGGCGGAGGCAGCAGCACGAGGAGAUGCAGAGGACCCUGGAGAUCCAGCUGCGGGAAGCUGAGCAGGCUCGUGCCUCCAUGCAGGCAGAGAUGGUCCUGAAGGAGGCAGAGGCAGAGCGUCAGCGCAAGCGCAUCCUGGAGCUGGAGGCCAUGCAGGAGCGGCUCCAGGAGGCCCUGCAGCAGGAGGUGAAAGCACGGCAGGAUGAGGAAGCCGUGAGAUACGCGCAGGCCAGGCUACUGGCUGAGGAAGAGGAGAAACUGAAGCAGCUGAUGAAGCUGAAGGAGGAGCAAGAGGAAUAUAUCAUCAAAACUCAGCGGGAGAAGCAAGUCCUCAAGCAGGAGAUGGAGAACAAGAACAAAUGUCUGGAAGAGGCACAGAAGCAGCUGGAAGAAGUGAGAGUGAACAGACAGCGGGUGGACCAAGACGUCAUGGCAGCCCAGCGGAAGCUGCGACAGGCCAGCACCAAUGUCAAGCACUGGAACGUCCAGAUGAACCGACUGAUGCACCCCAUCGGGCCAGGAGACAAGCGUACAAACGUGAGCGGAGGAGCCUUCGCUGGCUACCAGCCCCUCCUGUCCCAGAGAGAUUCUUCCCUCAAACUCAGGCAGAAAGUGGAGGAUAAAAGCAGUGGCCCCAUGACAGACAACAGCGAGGAAAACGUGAGCAACGGUGGGAACAGCGGUGUUCUGCCAUCUCCAGAUGUGGACACCAUGGCCACAGAGCCCACCAAGUAGCCCAACAGGAUGGCAGAGUCCAGCUGGGAAUGGUAGGGCCCAGCUUGUCCCUCUGAGCAGACGGUUGGUGUGGCUGUCUCUGGGUGAAGCCAAGUGCAGACCAGCACAGAGCCUGCAGGGGACUGCAUGAGGCAGAGAUGCUCCCAUUUCCAUCAGUAAAGGGCUGCAGCCACCACGUGCCAGGAGGCUCAGGCAGCCCAA